UUUCGGAUGCUUUCCAGCCAGAAACAGAUCUUUUUUCCUCUGAAAAGUUGGCAGCUCUGGAUAGAAUAAUCAGAAGAUAUUUAUUGUAAAGUUUAAAGCCGACGUAGCAAGAUGGUGUGUGUGCCGUGCUUCAUAAUCCCUUUGUUGCUCUACAUUUGGCACAAGUUCGUGCAGCCGAUUAUGCUGCGUUAUUGGAAUCCCUGGGAGAAGAAGGACGCACAGGGGAAUGUGAUCAAGUCGGAGCCGGAGUUUCCCUUUGAGUGCAAGGGUGGCGUCUGUCCAUUUGUUCCCGGUGGCAAGAAGCAGACGCAGGAGGCAGCAGCUGGAGAUGGAGACGAAACAACCACAACAACAACAGCAGCAGCUACAACAACACCAAUCCCAAAAACUGAUGAGACGACGACAGGAGUGGAAACCAAAAAGGAUAAUUAGUUAAAUUUGCAUUUAGUUUAUGUAUUAGUUAGCCCUCUUUUUUUUUUUGAAGUGUAGGCAUUCCAUGUUCUUGACGAGAGGUGGGGGGUAGAUAAAUUAAUAUAAAAAUCAGCAACAAAUUACGCUUAACUUAACGUUAACGACAAUGUUAAAUCAAAGAAUUAACUGUAACAGCAUGUAGUAAUAUUAACUAAUUAAAAGUAACGACAACAACUGUAAGCAGUUAAAACAAAUUGUAAUCAUUAUUAAAUUUCAACUUCAUGAAACAGACUCUGUCAAGGGCGUUGGGAGGAAGUUUUUAUUAGUAUAAUACAUAGUAUUUUUAUUGGCCACAUCGCUACAAAAUUCAAAUUGUACUCUAAAA